AUGACAACAGACAACUGCGACAUCGAUCGCGCUGCGGUAAACGUGAUAUUGAUGGAAAUGUUGGAGGAUAUUUUUGUCGACAAGAUGGAAGGAGCUCUUGCUGAUAAAACAGAAGAAAGUCUCGUUCGUCUAGUCGCGCCAAUCCUGUCUGCCAUUGACACGGUCACCACUACUGGUGACGUUCAGACCCUGGAGUCGGAGUCUGGAGGCUCGACUCUUGGAGGUGCAGUGGGAGAGGCGUCGGCAGAAGACGUCGAGGAGACCGUCUUCUCGCACGGUGAUGGAGUGCCGAGCAGCGACGCGCUGUCGUCUGCGGCAGAGUCGAAGCUAGCUCCGAUCCCAACGACAGCACCGCUCGGCGACGAAGACACUGUACGGGAAGACGGAGAUUCCAAAGUUUUGGAAGCAGCUGAGGACCAUUCCAUUUUGGGUCCAGAAAUGCCGGAUGAAAAGAUCGAGCCCGCCAGGGGAGAAGCGGUGUUCAACAAUUUUGGCGAGCUUGUCGGUUGGUUAGACCCGGUGGCCGAAGCACCCGAAAUCUGCAGCGAUGCGCCUCCAAAGAGGUGGAAGAGCCUGAGACGCUUUUUCCGCGGCCUUUGCUGA